UGGCUGAAACGCGUGGAACCGCAUGAAUUAGAAGCCUACAAGAAACUUGGCAAGUCCCUUGUACCACUGCCUACGCCGCGCGAGUCUGAGGCCAACGAACUCUAUGUUACGCUCGAAAGAUGGGUCGAGGCCUCGGUCUUUACGGAACGCACCACUCAGCACCACCAGGCUCAGGUGACACUAGCAAUGAAGGAUGAGAAAGACGCAAGAGAGCAGGUAUUCAUGUCGCGUCUGCAACUAAAUGCCCCGGUCAGCAGCGAACGACAUGGUGGCAAGUACGUUGUCAUGACAAUGAGUCGUGCCAACCUCAAAUCUAUCGAAUAUGGCGUUGUCUACGUGAAGGUCAUUCCCAAGCCCUUCAUUACUUCCACCCACAACGUCAUCGUCUACUUUGUCGUCCCGAUCGGAUUCAUCAUUUUGGCCAUAUGCGGUUUGGUCUACUUUCUGCUAUGCCGCCGGAGUCGAGUCGCGCGAGACUCCGCAGACCAAGCAGCACCGGCAGCACACAGUUUUGGUAACUCCUCCUUCUUCUCCCAAGGUGGCAGCAGCUCCGGC